UCUGAUCUCAAUGCUUCUCCAACGACUUGGAAAUCGGAGCAAUAAGGGCUCGAUCGAUCAUUCUAGCUCUUGCAUCCUCGUCCCAGCCUGGCAUCCUCGCUCAGCCCAACCUUUCCCCUCGCCGCCUUCGCCUUGUACUGCUCGUACCAACUGUGGAUGGGUGCCGCCUCCGCGCCCCGGGACUCGGCUGCCCUGGCGGGUGCGCAUGGAUAGUACCUCACUGUCUCUCUACUGCACCAGGAGUGAAGGACAAAACUCUUCUGCCUCUGGUGGAGGCCCUGAAUGCCCUCUUCCCACUGCCCACUGCCACUGUCUCGAAUUUGCCCCCCGACUCGCCAUCGGCCUUCAGCCUUAAUAAUAAGAUUCCUCCUGUUAAGUAUCCUUCCAAGACGGGUUUUCCGGUUUGUGGCUUGUUUACUCUUCUUGUUUUUUCAACUUGACUUGACUCCUGAGCUCUUCAGGCUCAGCUUGAACUCCUCACCAACCCCGAUCCCGUUUUCUCGCCCAGACCUCCUCUGCCCCUUCAGCUCCGUGGAACGGUAGUAAGCAGUCGCUUCUCAUACUUCCAGCUUCUUCACACCCAUCGGCUUCAGUGCCACCUCGGUGCCACCCUGGUCUGUUCAUAUAUCGACCGUUGGAAUACCUGACUCCACCGCUUGCUCUCUCUUCUUUCCAACACAUUUUAGCCCUUGAAGCUGUAUUAUCUUUCUGUUAUUUCUGCACCGCAUAGGCUUCCUGGCUUCACCACACGACACUCGAAGAGGCAACUUUUUUACUUGACCGGCAUUCCGUAUCAACACCUCACGCGAACGCGCCUCCGAGCCACUGACUCCAGUAAUUCGCACAACGAUCUGAAUUCACAAUCAAGCAACGAACUACAAGAAGUACUAAAUCACAAAGUAUUGCAUUAUUGCAAACCUGGUUCAAAACACACUGGGGCACCGACGAGGAUUGGCACCUCGAACGAUUUCUCUAGUGAAUAAAUCAAGCUUCCAGGAGCUUCCUCGUUGGACCAAAGAUCACCAUUGAACGACUGCGACUCUUUUUCGGGUGGAUGCAACCUUUGUUUGUGGCCCGGCUUGACUGUGGAGAUAAGUUCUGAUUCGCGCCAACUCAACACCACCCACGCACAUACAACGACGCUAUUCGGAAAACUAUCAAUCAACGUCUUGUUGAAUCGGAGAAAUUUUGGGAGAUUUGGCAGAGGAACACAUAAGAAGGCUCCAAUUGCCUUGAAGUAGUUUUUGGAAACGGUGAGUGUCCCAGAAACACCCGGUAUAUUCCCCUCCUGAGACAGUGUAACCUGCGUCUCAUCAUCUUUCGUCAUUUGGCGAUGAAGCCUCGAUCGAUCGAUCGGUCCUCACCCCACAGCCAAUAGGAGCUCGUCUCUGUCGUUUGUGAGAACCUUCAUUGCUCAUACCCUCCAUCAUCCCGCUGCUUCGUAAACCUAUGGAUUGUGCUAAUGAUUCCCCUGACGUUCAGGCUCUCAGCCCACUGCAAGGUGCUUCCAGGCCCUACGUCACGGAUCGUCGGACCCUUAGGUCUAUACCAGGACCCUUCUCGGCGACUAUUUUCACGACAUGCUUGCUGCUUCACAGUUCAGGAAAUGCUAAACCAUCCAUCAAUUUUAUGAAAGACAAUGCCACUUAACGAAACCACUUACCACGGAACGCAACCUCCGCCGUCUUCGUCCAAGACUGGCCAUCCUCUCCCUCGGCGUACCUCUCCCGCGAACUCUGUCACCCUGCGCCAUCACCGGCUAGCACAAGAUGCAUCAAUCAAGGCCGGCCAGGGCUCAGGGCCUACUGUCAAGACAACUAAGACAGGAUCACCUCGACGAAACUCAUCAGGCGAUAGUCAUGAGACAGGCCAGAGCGAUCCCAAUACAUGGUUUGACCAGUCAAAUCAAAACCCAACGGCAACUUUCGACAGCAACGUCAUGGAAGUUGACCCCCCUUUCUUUCAAAAAGAGUCCGAUUCUUCGAAUGAAGAGAAAAUUCACUACAAUCACCAACUUGCCCCCCCUAAGCUCACCGCGGGACACAGCAGCAGUGCAGACGAUUACAGAAGCGUUAUCGAUGAUCUCACGGUAGAGAUACAGAAGCUGAGGGAAGAGCUUAAGCGAUAUAAGAACACCGGUCCCGAUAUGCUCCGAAAGGAGAAGCUGUUCGAAAUAAAGGUCCAUGGACUGCCGAAAAAGAAGAAAAGAGAGUUGGAGGCGACGCUCCGAGAUUUCGCUGCAAGUCUUGAGGGGUCCCCUAACGCGUCCUCGACACAGAACAUAAAGAAGUCUCGACACGCUACUCGCGAAAAGAUGUAUUCUGGAUCUGGAUCGAAACAUGCCUCAUCUUCUUCAGGGUCAAAUUUUCGCCCUGCCGACUCUGCAUACGCCUCUAUGUCAACCGGCGCCAAUUCGGGAACGUCUUUGAGCCGUCCUAGCAUGGGCUCCCAGGCCAAGUCGUCUGAGGCAGUUGAAAGUUACCUCCGUGAUAUCCCCGAAGGGUUAUACCCGAGACACAUGAUUAUGACGGAGAAAGAGAGAAAGAAGCUUGUUGUUCGCCGACUUGAACAAUUAUUCACAGGAAAGAUCCGUGGGCGCCAUGUGGUGAAGAAGCAGCCCGUGUUGCCGAGUGGAAGUUCUGCAGCUCUAGCACCAGUUGUCGCGGAGACACAGCCCACUAUGUCAAACACAUCAAAUUCUAUUCACGAACCACCAGCAUUACAGACCAGCGGUAAAGAACCCACGAGAGAAGCUCGAAUUCUUCCCCUUGAGCAGCAAUCUGGUCACUCCGGCAAAAAGAGUCGAUCUGCUGACAAUGCCUCUGCCUCCAAUUCCAAUGGCGACAAUACCGAGUCCGGUGGUAAUGGCAACAGUACAGGGUCAGGCACAAACACUUCUCCUAUGACGACCUUGCCCGAGCAACGGCCCACACGACCUCGUGAUUUGGACCCUGACCGUGCCCAGGUUCCAGCCGAGAACAUGGAUUAUAUUCGCCAUCUGGGCUUGGUACCUCCGGAGCUACUAGUUGAACAACAUAGCGAGGAUGUGCACCCUGAUGCUGAGGGAUGGGUUUAUCUGAAUUUGUUGUGCAAUUUGGCUCAACUUCAUAUGAUCAAUGUGACGCCCGACUUUGUCCGUUCAGCUGUUUCGGGAAUAAGCACAAAAUUUCAGCUGUCGCCCGAUGGCCGAAAGAUUCGAUGGCGAGGCGGAACAGAGGGAACAAGAUUCAGCAGCGACAGCUCUGGAUAUAACUCCCAAAAGAGUCCAUCUACAGACGACACCGAAGAUGGAAUGGAAAAGAAGCGCAAGCGUCAGAAAACUGAGCGUUCCACAGAGAACGAGUUCCAGUCUGGAAGCUCAAGCAAGAAUGGCUUGAAGUUUGACCCGCAGCUUUGUGCUCCAUCCGAAAGCUUCCAUUACAAGCCCUUGUUCGCUCAGCAGGAUUCAUCGGGUGGUCAGACAUCACUCGAUGAAACCGUUUCUUCCUUUGGCCCCCCAGAGGAAAGCAAUAUUGGUGAAUCGAGAUGGGGGCUGAGUGGCUCAGGAGCCUCCAGUCGCAGAAAGCGCCGCCAUGAUGGUGCCAUUAUCUACUAUAGCGGUGCCCCAUUUUGCACGGAUCUAUCUGGAGAUCCCGGAGAUAUGUCGCCAACGACGCAGAUGCGCGCUUCUGGUCAGACUCAGACAGAUCAAGAUAACUUCAAGAUCCCUCCAUCACCUCUCCGACGAACAGAUUCUGGUUCGUUCAUCAACUAUCGACCGUUGACCGAUCGUGGGCCCUUGUCUAGUCAGCAAAGUACAGCGAUGGAUGUCGAUAGUGAAGAUCCACCAAGCCUGACCGACGAUGCCGACGAUGUAAGCGAGGUCGAUCUGGACUUCACGUGGUCUGAUAAUGCGCAGUACAUGCAGCACUUCCCCCUUGAGCCUUGCGGCUUAGGAGGAGUUUUACCUGAAGACCAUUUCAUGGUUGUUGUUUCAACCAAGCGACCUAAGCAAGAUGAUUUGUCUGCGUUACCGCAAGUUGGUGGUAGAAGGUUUAAUGAAAACACGGAUGGUAUCAUUCGGAGAUUGGCGACUAUGUCAACGUCCUCACCGGACUUGGGAGCUUCAAAAUCGCUUCCUGCUACGCAUUCUCUUCCCAUUGAGAUUGAAUACAUGUCAGGCCGUAUCAAGCGGCUGACACCAGUUUCGCUGCCUCCCCCUGCAAUCUUCUUUCCGCCGUUCAGCCCUUCUGAGUCUACAGCCGAUGACGAUUAUGAUGAUUCGGACGAUGUCGACAUGUCUUCGUCCUUAAGAGAACUUAUUGGCCAACGAACAGUGCAACGCCAUUCAGAUGGAUAUCCUGAUGGCGUUGAUCUUAGCAGUGGCGACGAAGAAGGUGAUGAACCUGAUGAUUCGCCGAAUCAGAAUAUUUAUGACAUCAAUCGAGACCCAAAGGCGUUGCCAAAUCGGCCCCGACAAGCCGCACGCCGUACCAGUAGCGCUGCUGCGGCUGCUGGCACUGCUCGGGGCGCAAGCAAGAGUAAUAGCGCCAACCCGGCGCUUUCACAUGAGAGUUCUGUUGAUACUGCUGGAGCGAUCGAAAGUGGUUACAGCAGUAGCGAGGAAAGCGCUUAAUCUUCACCUGUUACUUCAGCCUACUUAUUACAUUUCAUAUUUCACGACUUGAUUAGGAGUUACGGAUUUCACGAAUACGGAAGGCCAAAAAAAGAUUUGUUGUACAGUCUUGUGUGAUCUUCUUGACCUUCAGUCUCUGCUUUCACGGGAAGGUUGCAUAAUUUUGCAUUUAGCUUGGCGUUUAUGAGGAUGGAUAAUGAUUCCCUGGAUAAUCUUUGUUACGAGAUGAAGGGUUGCGCAAAACGGCGUGGGCCUAGGUAUGGAUUAUUUUCUGGAUUCAACAAGGAUGAAUCACUAGGGAACUUAGUGGCACAUUGAGAUACCAAAUUUAUUGUUGAAACACUAUUCUGUUGUCUUGAUACCCGUUGCACGCUACUUCUUAUGAACGCGGAUUGAUUUCAGCCGGGCGCCGGUACUGACAGCGCGCCUUGACUUGUGA